AUGAUUGACGACGAAGACCUUGGAUUUGUUGCCAAUUUUCUUGGCAUCUUUAUAUUUGUGCUAAUAAUAGCUUACCAUUAUGUGACGGCUGACCCAAAAUAUGAGGGGAACUAAGCACUUGUUUCUUGUUUACAUAAUUUUUGACGAUUCAGUUGGACCUUAUAUGGCAUAAAAAUGGUGUCAAGUGUUGUAACUGGAUUUUAUUGCAAUAGUAAUUAGAUUAACUUAGCUAAGAUUCUUUAUAUCUUA